GAUUUGGAAAGUAUAUUAUGCGCGUGAGAACUGUUAGACAAGUGAAACAACAACAAAGGCCACGUUACAAGAAAGCAGGGGGAAAUACUAAUAUCGAUGAUAACUUAUCAAAUAAUUUGGACGAAUCAGUGAAAAAACUUUUACCAUUAUUAUUACCACCAGAAUAUAGAAUGCCACCACAACCACCUGGUAGUACAACGAUUUAUUCAGGUGAUGCAAAUAUACCUGGAGCAACAGUUGUUGAAACAUCUGAUGGAAAUUUAUUAAGUCAAAAUUCAUUUUUACGUACUCAUUCAGCUAAAUUUCCGAUUGAAAGAGAACUUAUUCUAACAAAUGAAAAAGGAUCUAGUAAAAUACCAUUAAUGACUGAUCGAUCUGGUGGAUUGUUAUUAAAUCGUCAAAUGGGAUCGGCUGUUGUUGCUCCAGAUCAUCCACCAAAACACUUACAAGCAUGGAAUACUCAAAGUCAACAACAAUUACAAGCACAUAACCAUCAUCAAGAUUCGACACAACCAAAUUUAACGGGAGCAAUACCUAGAACUCCAGCACGUUUACCUGAAGAUGUUACAGCAUUAGCUGAAAGGGAAAAUAAUAAAGAUCGCGAGCUAAAAGAUUCGAAAAAUGCUGUAACGAAAACUUAUCAUACAAUAAAAGAUCUCAUUUCUUCUAGAUUUAAAAAAGAUGCAAAUGAAAAUAUUGAUGGACUUAAUAAUGUUAUAGUUCAAAACAGUCAACAAAGUUCAGCUGAACAAGAUGAAUUGCGUUCACCUUAUUCUGCACUUCCACCUCAUAUGCGUCAACAUCAUCAUGGAUUAAAUACAACUCAAUCAGCAAAUUUAUGGAAUUCCGCGAAAACUAAUUUACCCCAACAAACAGCGAACCAACAAAAUGUCAACCAACAACAAGCUCAACAACAAUUUACAUCUCAUGAUAUAGGAUUACGUGGUGUUCAGCAGAGAGCUACAUCUCAACCUCAAUUAAAUGUAGGAUUUGAUCGGAGAAAUUCACAAGGUUUAGAGAAUGUUGAAAGACGAGGAUCUUUAGCGAAUAUUGAUAUAACUGAUAGUGACGAUGGUGGCUUUGUAACUCACCACAAAAGAUCACAAAAUCAACCGAACCAAAAUACAUUAUAUUUAUCGCAGCAGCAACAACAGCAUCAACAACAGCAUCAACACCAAACUCAAAUUUCACAACAAAUGCAACAACAAUGUAACCAACAAAAUCCUCCAAAUGAAACACCUAGAAACUCUCCACACCACUUUAGAAAUACUCCAAAUGCAUUUAGUACGCCAAGUACUUAUACACAAUUUCAUAUGCAUCAACAACAGCAACAGCAGCAAAUUCAACAACAACCCCAAAAUUAUCAACAAUAUCAAUCGCCUUAUAUUCAUACUCCAUCUCCACAACAAAUUCAAAACCAUAACGCUCAAGUUCAACAACAACUUUUAAAUAUGCAAUCAAUGCAAAUAAGGCAAGAUUUACUUAGGGUAUCAUUUCAUAAAGCUCAGCAACAGCAAUUACAACAAAAUCAGCAAAAUGGUGUUCAACAUCACCAAGAAUUAAAUCAAAAUUUACAAGACUUACAACAAAUUAAUUCAAAUGAAACAAAUAAUAUGCAAGCAUCUGGAAGUCAACCACAAGGACCACCUAAACUUAUGCCAAAGCCAGACGGAAAAUCAAAAUUACCUAGCUCUGCAGCAAGUUCUGAUUAUGAUAAAAGUGGUAAUCAUAGUUCUAAUGUUGAUUCUGGCCGUGGAAGUGCUGCAUACUCAAGUGGUCGAAAAGCUGUUGACACAAGUCCGGAAAACUCUGAUUCGGUAGUUCGACCUUCAAAAGAAAAUGAUUCAGAAUGGGUGGAUAUUGUUGAUGCAGAAUUACGUAAUAUUUUAGAGCCGGGAAUGCAAAAUUUGAAUAUACGACCGGAAAGCACAGUAUCAGGCAGUGUUUCCUCUAUUACGCCACCUCUACCACCUGUUUCUCCGGAUGGAGUACCUAAUAGUAGAACUAAAAGUAAACCGUCCACUGAUUCUAAUAAAUUAGAAUAUGGAAUGGACAGUUAUAAUAGACCAGGAAGAAGCGCUGCUGCUAUUGGACCAUGUCGAGCUGGUUGGCCCAGUUCCUCUAUCCAUAAGCAAAAUAUUUCAAGAAUUGGAAAGAAACAAGAGCAAUCAUUACUCAAAAGACACUUAUUCGGAUUAGAUAAUGAUCAAACAUCAACAACAACAAGAUCAUUGGAUUUAGAAUCACUCCUUGGUGGACCGUGGUGUGCCGGACAAUCAGUUAGUGACUCAGAAACUGAUACGCAAGGUUUAAGACAUAUUAGAAGUCAGUUAGAAGGUUUAGAACAUAUGUAUUCAGAAGUCUUAAAAAUGUUGGGAUCAAGAAAUGCCCCAGCUGCUAGUCGUAUAAAUGAAACACCAUUAAGAUCAGCCAGACGAAGACAUGGCAGUUUAAGUUCAUUACCUUCAAGUUCGGUUAGUAGUAGGCCAAUAAGAGAUCGUCGACGAAAUGAAGAUCGCCGAAAAGUACGUGAUAUCAAAGGUAUAAAUAAACGUUUUCAACGUUUAGAAUCACAUGUGGUAACAUUAGCAAGAAGUGUUGCGCAUUUGUCAUCUGAAAUGAGAUCAGAGCAUUUAGAAUUGGAACGAAUGAGAGACGAUAUUACUACAUUAAGAAAUCAAGCCCAUCGUUCGCAAAUAAUAUUUGGAACACAAAAUACCGAACCAGAACCACCUAAUUUAACAAAUCCAAAACGUGUUAAAAAAUUAACAAAAUUUUUUGGUGAAGAUCCACCUCUAAUGAGACUAUUCCUUAAAAGACUGGGCUAUGAGAAAUAUGCAGAAUUAUUUGAAUCAGAACGUGUUGGUAUGAUUGAAUUACCAUAUUUGGGUGAAGAACGUCUUCAAAAACUUGGAGUACCAUUAGGGCCACGAUUAAGAAUUUUACAAGAGGCUCAAAUUUCAUUAUGCAAAGACACAACUUUAUGUAUAGUUUAAUGUUAGAAAUUCAUUUAAUAAAUUUGUAAAUAUUAUUUAUAUACAUUAUGUACGUAUGUUAUCUGAUAAUAUAUAUAUAUAUAUAGUAUUAUAAAAGUUCAAUACACACCAUUAAAUCUAAAAUACAUACACACAUUAAAUAAUAUAUAUAUUACAUUAAAAAUAUUAUAAAUGUAAGAGGAAAAACAAAAAUUUUUUGUUAAAUUAAAAUGUGCUUUCUGCCGUUUUAAAUAAAAAAUAGCCGGACGUGCAAUUUGAUAUUCUGUUAGAAUACUUAACAUUUAAAUUUAUACUUAUAUAAAACUUAUUUACAUACAUACAAAUAAUAAAGAUUAUUUUAAUUUAGUGUUACUGCAAUCAAUACGGAACAAAAAUUAAAGAAAUAUUCUAAAAUUCAAUAAUUUUAAAUUUCCCGUAGAAAAAUUUUACUUUUUUGAUUAGUAUUUAAAAAAAA